UUUCAUCUUUUCUCAAACAGCAAGCAAAAUGUCGAACACGCCAAAAGCAAUCCUCAUCAUCAACGGGCCUAAUCUCAACCUCCUGGGAACUCGGGAACCUCAUAUCUAUGGCAGCACCACUCUCGCGGACGUACAGGAUGCAGCAGUUGUUCAAGGCAGCAAACUCGGGAUAGAGGUGCAACAUUUCCAAUCAAAUCACGAGGGUGCCAUCAUCGAUCGCAUUCACGAAGCUCGAGGCAAGGUUGGAUACGUGAUUAUCAACCCUGGCGCUCUCACCCACACAAGCGUUGGCUUGCGAGAUGCCCUGGCCGGAUGUGAUCUGAAGUUUGUUGAAGUGCACAUCAGCAACGUGCACGCACGAGAAGCUUUCCGCCAUCACAGCUAUCUGUCGGACAAGGCGGUUGCGGUCAUCUGCGGACUAGGUGUGUUCGGCUACACAGCUGCGAUUGAUUUCGUAGCUCAGCAACUCGAGAAAUCGGCGUAGAAUGCUCGCACAUCAAGCGCAAAAUACCAUGAUGUCUGCAAUAACGCCAUCGCGGAGUGCUCGGAAGCUUUCUGGACGAAGUAUCGGCCUUGACAGCGACAGUACCCGACAUAACCGCUCGGAAAGGACAAUUUCCUAUGCCAGCACCUUAAUUGGAUCCCCAGUUCAAACGCAUGCACUGCCAGCUUCCUACCUGUGUCAUUUGGCCCCUUUGCGGCUCAAAAUGGCUCCCGAAAUCGAAGCCGUGCUGCAGCUGGCGGGGUGCCCUGAAAUUCGUCGCGGGGCAAUUCCAUGGUGACGGAGCAACAGUUAAUCAUGCUUUCGUAAACAUUGCUAAUUGACCCAGCUCGUGGCAU